AUGGAAAUGAGAAUGUCUGAUGAAGACGGUGCACUUGGCUGUUUAAAAUUAAAAGAGGAGGAAAAUAAAGCAACUUUUAUGAAGGAAAAGGCAAACUAUUUUCAACAGCUUCAACGCCAAGGACAAUUCUGUAAUUGUACGAUUAGUGUUGGUGGAGAGCUGUUUAAAGUGCAUCUGGAGAUUCUAUGUGCCUCAUCAGAAUAUUUCGAUAGCAUCAUCAGACGUGAUUCAGAUUUUGAGGAUGUUGUUUCCCUUCACAAUAUGACUCCCGAAACAUUUCAGUCUAUGCUGAAUUACUUAUAUACUGGAAGCGUGGAGAUCAAUUCUUCUAAUAUUGUUGAUAUUUACAUUGCUGCUGACUUUCUAAUUUUAAAUGCCGUGCUCGAUCGAUGUCGCGACUUUUUUCGUGAUAACAAAGAUAAAGACAUAGAGGCAGGCGCCACGCUUGUUAGUCUCUAUGACGACGAAAUAAUCUUUAGGCAUAUUAUCGAAAAACGUAACUUUAUUAAAAAGAAAGACCAGCUACGUCAACUUGGACCCAGUUACUUUUUCAAGAUGUUGCGACAUAUAACUCGUCCAUUAUUUAUUGACAAAGGCAUCAUGUAUAUGGGUUCGUAUUACAUACAGAGAUUGCAAGAUUUAUUCAGUGAUAUCUUCCCAGAAGAAACGCGAAAAAUUACAAAGGAAGAUUGUGAAUCAAAUUUAACAGCCUGUCCCCGUGAUAUUGCCAUGACUCGAUUCCUAGCCGGCUGCAUGUACAUCCAUGACUCUUCUGUUGAUUUUGUCGAUGAGACAGAAUACUCGCCAUGGGAAAAUUUUCCGCCCGAUACCUGGACCAUUUCAAAGAUGGUAUUUUAUAUACUUCCAAAUUGGGGUGAUACGGUCGGUCUUAUUGGAGGUGUUGAUGUGGAGUAUCGCAAUAUUUGGACCAGUGAGCGAAGAAUGGCUUCUUCACCAUUCACAGACUUAAUUCCAUCAGACUACGAUAGAAAGAUAUUAGAAUUGGAAGUAGGCGAGACAGUGAAUGGCUUCACAGUUAACAGCGGUUGGUUGGUCGAUAAGAUGACCUUCACUACCUCAUACGGUCGGAAAUUGGGACCUUUUGGUCGCAGUGGAGGAGGUAACUGUGCGUCGAUGAGAAUCCCGAGAGAGAAGUAUUCGAAUCUCCAGCAAAGUGGUGAGAAGCGGACUUUUUUGGCCGUUGCUCUGCAUGGAUUCUCCUUCUCCAUAGUCAGAACUCAUAAUUGUUACACCUGGUAUAAUGUCCGUUUCGUCUAUUCUGGCAUAAAUGCGCAUUUGGACGGUAUCAGGGGCAUUAGAAAUUAA